AUUCUAUCGCGCAUGCGCGAAACCAUGUGCGACAAUGGAGUAGCAAGUAGGUUUGUGCUAAUUGGUUGGUAUCUUGUCAUCCCGAGGAGCAAAUGGAUACAAGUGUGAACUGCCAUUUGAGAAAAGGCAGAGAUGUGGACACUGUUGACCCUCCUGUUGAUAUGGCCUUGCUUUAUCUCAAAAGUUUCAUGUGUGCAUAUAUCUGGCCCUGGAGAGCUGAGUGUUUGGAGUGAUAACAACGUAACCCUGGAGUGUGUGGGUGAGGGUGUCUUGGAAUGGUUGUACAACGGGUCACCUCUGAUGGGCAACGUUCAUACUGCAUUCCCGCGCCCCGGUAUCGUUGUCCUAGUACUGAGUGUUGUCACUGCCCCGGAGACGGGAGUCUACACGUGCACCAACGGGACUAACUCUCACUCUAUCAGCCUGUUGGUUAAAGAUGCUCGAAACAGAGACUACUCUAGGGGUGGAGAGUACGACACUGUGUUAAGUUCGGUCGUAGGGGGUGUGGUCGGAGUGGGUGUGGUCGCAAUAUUCAUCGGACUGGGCGUGUGUGUGAUCAUGGCAUGCGUUCUACACAAAGAAAAAGUACGGUAUGGGGACGAAAUGGACUACGAGAUAAAAGAAGAAUAUUUUGCCACCCUCAAUUUAAACGCCCUCGAGGCACUCAACCCAGAGGUCAGAGCGCACAUCGACUUAGACUUUCUCGCACAAGUAACAAACACUGACCCGGCCCUUCUCGAUAAGUAUAAACCACACCCACAAACAACAGAUGAACAAAACAUCGGCGGCGGCGUGGAGUCUAACCGUGUCAGCCCGAGUCGCAUCAGUUUAACGAGUGUUCAUUUCGACGUAGUGACUAGACCGUUGAGACUGUCAGAUUCCACCCCCAUCACUCCGCAUAGGAGACCGAGGUUGUCAGACUCCACCCCCAUCACUCCGCAUAGGAGACCAACUUCGUAUAUAUCGACCCCCACGUCCCCUGCUCCUAGCAUGAGGCAUCAGAUCGGGAUAGUAGAUCUAGAUUCAAGCAGCGAGGGAGAGAAACAGAGCUUCCUGAGAAUGCUCAAAAUGGUGGAGUCAGUGGAGAGCGGAGGAUUGCCACAGGACAGAAGUCCUAAAACUCUAUAGCUAUAUAAUUUAUUAUCGAGCUAACAGUUAAAGAAGAGAUUAAUCUGUGCAUAAUUAUACUGUUUGCUGUAUCACACAUACAGUGCAAGCUGCUAUUUUGAGCUGUAAAAUAAA